AAUGUGCCAAAACCAGGCAGGGGCUAGCGGCUUUCAAUAAGCCCCACAGCUGGAGAGGAGCCGCUACGCUAAACAGCAGGGCUGGGGACCAGGCGUGCGAUGGGGAAAGGGGUCAAACCCGACGCCUCCUCCGGGCUUUCUGAGCUCAGUGUGGUUCGAGGGGAUGGCACCUUCUUGCUGGCUUUUCUCUAUUUGCUUAAUACGCAGAGAUGGAGAGUGUCGGCGUGUACGGAUUCUGCGGGUGCAAAGGGAAGAGCAAAAUAAAGCGUGACUCCAGGUGGGAAAUAACCGCAGCAGAAACAGCCCCUACAUCCGCAUAUUCCUCUCCAGCCCGGAGCCUCGGGGACACGGGAAUCACACCUCUAUCCCCUUCCCACAUCUUGAACGACGCCGACCCGGUCUCAGACGAGCAGACAUUCCUCGUGGUGGUGGCCAUCGACUUUGGGACCACAUCCAGUGGCUACGCCUACAGCUUUACCAAGGAGCCGGAGUGCAUCCACGUGAUGCGGAGAUGGGAGGGAGGCGACCCAGGCGUCUCCAACCAGAAGACCCCGACCACCAUCUUGCUGACGCCAGACAGGAAGUUCCACAGCUUCGGGUACGCCGCCAGGGACUUCUACCAUGACCUGGAUCCCAACGAGGCCAAGCAGUGGCUGUACUUGGAGAAGUUCAAGAUGAAACUCCACACCACAGGGGACCUCACCACGGACACAGACCUGACAGCGGCAAAUGGCAAGAAAGUCAAAGCCCUUGAAAUCUUCACACACGCCCUGCAGCACUUUAAAGAGCAGGCACUGAAGGAGCUGAGUGACCAGGCGGGGUCCGACUUUGAGAACUCUGAUGUCAGAUGGGUCAUCACAGUGCCCGCCAUCUGGAAGCAGCCAGCCAAGCAGUUCAUGAGAGAAGCUGCCUACCAGGCAGGCUUGGCCUCCCCUGAGAACUCGGAACAGCUCAUCAUUGCCUUGGAGCCCGAGGCCGCCUCCAUCUACUGCCGGAAGCUGCGUCUGCACCAGAUGAUUGAGCUGAGCAGCAAGGCGGUGGUCAAUGGGUACAGCGCCAGUGAUACAGUAGGAGCUGGGUUUACACAGGCUAAGGAACAUGUUCGGCGGAACCGGCAGAGUCGGACCUUCUUGGUGGAGAACGUCAUCGGGGAGAUCUGGUCUGAGCUGGAGGAAGGUGACAAAUACGUGGUUGUCGACAGUGGCGGAGGCACCGUAGACCUGACGGUCCAUCAGAUACGGUUACCGGAGGGGCACCUUAAGGAGCUGUACAAAGCAACAGGUGGACCCUAUGGAUCUCUGGGCGUAGACUAUGAGUUUGAAAAGCUGCUCUGCAAAAUAUUUGGAGACGACUUCAUCGAGCAGUUCAAGAUCAAGCGCCCAGCUGCCUGGGUUGACCUAAUGAUUGCCUUCGAGUCUCGCAAAAGGGCCGCUGCCCCCGAUCGAACGAAUCCCCUGAACAUCACUCUGCCCUUCUCCUUCAUCGACUACUACAAGAAGUUCCGGGGACACAGUGUGGAGCACGCCUUGAGGAAGAGCAAUGUGGAUUUCGUGAAGUGGUCCUCCCAGGGGAUGCUGAGGAUGAGUCCGGAUGCCAUGAACGCCCUCUUUAAACCCACCAUCGACAGCAUCAUCGAGCACCUCCGGGACCUGUUUCAGAAGCCCGAGGUCUCCACUGUCAAGUUCCUCUUCUUGGUGGGCGGCUUUGCAGAGGCUCCCCUUCUGCAGCAGGCGGUGCAGGCUGCCUUUGGUGACAAGUGCAGGAUCAUCAUCCCCCAGGACGUGGGCCUCACCAUCCUCAAGGGUGCGGUCCUCUUCGGCCUGGACCCCGCGGUCAUCAAGGUGCGCCGAUCUCCCCUCACCUAUGGGGUGGGCGUGCUGAACCGCUAUGUGGAGGGGAAACACCCUCCGGAGAAGCUGCUGGUGAAGGAUGGCACCCGCUGGUGCACCGAUGUCUUUGACAAGUUCAUCUCCGCUGACCAGUCCGUGGCCCUGGGGGAGCUGGUCAAGCGCAGCUACACGCCCGCCAAGCCCUCCCAGCUGGUCAUCGUCAUCCACAUCUACAGCUCCGAGCAGGACGACGUCAGCUUCAUCACCGACCCGGGGGUCAGGAAGUGCGGCACGCUCCGCCUGGAUCUCACAGGGACCAGCGGCACGGCAGUGCCCGCCCGCAGGGAGAUCCAGACCCUUAUGCAGUUUGGGGAUACCGAGAUCAAGGCCACGGCCGUCGAUGUAGCCACCUCAAAGAGCGUCAAAGUGGGGAUUGACUUCCUAAAUUACUAACUUAACCGCCCCUCCCCCGCCCCAUGCAGCCUGGGACUCCUCCGCCUCCGCAUUCGCUGACCUCGACCUUGACUGUUCUGUCCCUGACCUUGACCCUUGCCAUUGCCCGCCUGAAUUUUAGUAGGAAAGAGGAGAACCAGGGAGAGAAUUAACCAAGGAUUUAUUUUUGAGGGUACACUGGAGUCGGAAAAACUCAGAGAUUAAUACCAAGGUCUGGAAAUGGGAAGUCCAGGGAUCCUAGAGCAGGUUCCUGAGUGGUAAAGACCGCCCUUGGUGAGACAGUUGGUGCAGCUUGCCACGAAGAGGUCCCUGUAAGGGAGCACUGAGGACACCCACUGCCAUCUCUUGGGAUUCGAAGGGAUCUUCUUUGAAGGUCUUUGUAAGCUAAUCCUCCUGGAUGACAGUGACUAGGAAAUACCAGCUCCCCACAGUUAGUUUCUUCUCUUUAUCAUGGGACUCAAACUGGUGACUCAGUGGCCGCUUACAGUAUUUGUUUUAAAUUUUUUAAAGCCAGUGGGAGAAGACUGUCUACACUGGGCUCUAGUUUAGGUUCUCAUACAAUUUAAAUUCCAAGGAGGUUCAGUGAAGGAUAGGACAGCCUCGGCUAACUCAACCAGGAUAGGAUGGAUAGGACAGCCUCAGCUAACUCAAGCAGGGUUGGGGGUUGGGGGUAAGAGGGCUGAUACCUCCGUUUUCCAGAGCAGGUAAAACUUCCUUUGGAGGAAAUGCACACUGAAGAGUCAGUGACUUAACCCAAAUUAGAGCAGUCCCUUUCUAUCUGUAGAGGAUACAUUCUGAGGUCCCCCAGCGGAUGCCCAACGCUGUGGAUAGUACCAAACCUUAUUUAUACUAUUUUUUUCUAGACUUACACAUCAAUUAAGUUCAAUUUAAUAAAGUAGUAAGAGAUUAGCAACAAUAACUAAUGAUGAAAUAGGACACUUAUGAAAACACUUUGAUAAAAUUUAUAUGAAUGUGGUCUAUUGAAAAAUAUACUAUACUAUACUAUACUGUUACGCAUUUUUGGACCACAGUUAACUGGGGCUCAUUGAAAACCCAGUAAAUGCAAACACAGAUCAGAAGGUAAUUCUUAAAAACAACAAACCUUGGGUUCAGAAGUACUGCAUAAUUUCAGGUGAUCUUAGUAGGAAUUUUGUUUGAGAAAGUGAAGUUUUGUUUGCCCUGUUUUUAUGUGUCAUCAAGCGCACCCCCCCCCUUGCAAAGCAUGCACAUUUUCAGUUAACCCCUUCCUUCCAUCUGUUCUUCAUUCCCCAAUAAGGAAAUAUGAAAGGGGGUUCUGUUCCAUGAAAUGUGUCCAUCGAAUCUUCAGCUUUUCAAACUUACCUAAAAAAAUAGUGUGUAAACCUAGACCUGGUAAAUGAAAGCAGCCUUUUUAAAAGCCGGUCUGCGGCCCGUCUGCCGCAGAAUUGCCUGGGUGCUGGUCAAGAGCAGGUCCUGAAUCGAACCCCUUUUAGCCAGAGCUGAACCCAGAGAGACGGGAUCUGCGUUUUUUAGUGUUCAAAAUGUGGGAUUCUUGAGCCUGAGGGUUUGUAAAGCUGAAGUGACCACAGACCACAGUGUGUGGCUUCAAACCUUCCUAUCAGAGUUCUCUUAGGGAAGAAUGUGUAUACGAACACACCCUGCCCUCCACAUGAGAGGGGUCGGAGACCCACCUGGCCUGGCGCAGGGGGGGGGGCAAUCUGUCACAGGAAGGAUCAGGGAAGGAAAAAGAUGUCACAAAAGAAACCUCUGAGAAUGAAGCUGCCCGAGGAGCAAGCUAGGUUCUGUGUUCCCACCUUCCCUCUGGGCAAAGCCAGUCUGGACAACAUUCAGGAGUCAACCGAGGACAAGGAAUGAAGAUCAUAGUCCGUUUGAUCUGUUCAAAGUUGCCUUUCCCACCUGCUGGAAUUCGUUCUGAUUUCAAAUCACUGGAGGCAUGCAUGAUGGAUGGAUGGAUGGAUGAAUGAAUGAGUGAGUGAAUGAGUGAAUGCAGAACAAGGGAAGGGACUUCAAAUGCAAGUUGGAUUUGUGAACUCAUCGCCAUAGCCAAUAUGUAGAUUUUAAGUAGCAUUUUGAAUUCCAACCGACUGUCUUCUUUUUCACACCACUUGCUGCAGAAUUCCCUGCUAGAAUGUGAAAACGCUAUCAAACCAUAGAACAGGAGAUGGGAGCCCCAAACUGAGUGGCAGGGUCUCAAAUCCGGGGCAUCAGGAUGCUUGCUAGGACUCUCCUGCCAACUCUGCCUCAGAAGCUCGUGGGGUUUCCCUUUGGUGUUUCCAGCCGCCGCAGUCCUCAAAACAGACUUUCAAUUUUGUUAUAAUGGAUAUAAUUUUAUGUACAUAUUACUACUAGAAUCUUGUACAGAAUCUUUAUCUCUACCGCGUGUGCUUGUUUGAAAAGGAAAGCACUCUUAGUUUUUUGGUUACUAACACUGCUGCCUGAAAGCUCGCUCCACGGCUUCUUUUCUCAAUUGCUCUCACCGAUCACGCUCCGUGCCGAUGCCCUGCAAUGGACUAUGCAUGCAAGACCGAGCAAUAGACAGAGGUGCCUUGGGUCAGAGUACUCUGGCCACACCCGCCCACCCGCCCGCCCACCCGCCCGCCCCGCCCAAAGCUGAGCGGCUUCCGCAUGAAGAGCAACGUAUCAAUUCUCCUGUCCAGACUAUGGCAGCUGGAACAUCCUGGUUCUGUAAAAGCGAUGCCUAACCCAAACGCUUUGUGUCUCGCAGGGUUGUUGACCUCUCCUCUCUGGUAAGGCUAAGCUUGGCAUACUUGGUGAUCAGAGGAACCCGGUGGUACACAAACCGAGGUUUCCGUUGGGUUGCGUAAGUGAGCGGGAGAGGUUUAUAGUUCAGCCCGUCUUCUCCUGGCUAAUGUAAAGCACUCCUCACCGUAUGCUAGAUCUGCCUCCCUGCUCUGAUUUUCAACUUCAACGAGCUGAUAGAAAUCUGCAGUGUUAGCAAACUAAUGAUGGAGAAAGGGUGGUAAUUCCUUCUGACCCAGAGUUGCAGCCCCAGCAGCCAAACACUUAGUAAAGUCCUCCCAUCUAUCCCCCACCCAGCUGAAAUACUCUUAUAGGACACUGGGUAAGUACACUCAGAACACAUUCCCCAGCUUAGAAAGUUCUAGAGGGUCUGUGGUCUCGGCCAGUUGACCUUUGUAUUUAUUAUCUGGCUACUUAACUGCCUUUCCUGUACACAGUAGGCACUCAUAAUUGCAGAAUGACCGGUGGCUUACCAGCAGGAAAGGGGAGGUGCUUCAGAAGCAGCCCUGGGAGCGAUGGCUGAGUCCAGGUUACAGAGCCUGCCCGCCCCCCACCCUUAGGAUGUUACUUAGACCAAGUUUAGCUUUUAGAGUCCAGGUCUGGUUAACUUGCCAGGGUAGCAAAGAAUUGCAUGCACCAAUAUAAACAGGAGUCAAAAUGCAUUAUUAAUCGAAGAUCGAAUUUCACAUUGUAGUGAUGUAAUAGUUGUGUUUAGGCUGCGUAGAACGUAUGGUGGGGAAUGGCUUAAGUGAAUGGCUAGUAUAAAAGUCGUUGGCCAUAAUAUCUUAAAACGCCUCAUCUGCUCGAAAUAUGGAACAGUAUCCUAAGAUCUCAGCCACUGGGAGUCUUUGUUCACAACAAGACAGAGCCAAACUUCACAGAAUUUUGCAGCAGUCCACGCCUAGACAGGAUUGUGUCUGCAAACAGAUUCUAAUAAAGUGAAAUUCUGAAUUCCAA